AUGGGAGACGAUCCGGGGAGGCUUUACCGUCUGGAUGGAGUUGCUCAUAUCGCCGGGGUGAUCAACGACGAGCCUCAGCGUUGCAUAUCCAGCGUUAGGCAGCAGCAGGGGAUGUGGCUUGAUGAGAGGUACGUUCCGUAUCUUCAGAUGGCCGGCUUGUACCAUCUAGCGAGGUUGAACGACAGAUGGUUCCGACUAGACGAGCCUUUAGUCAGUGCAUUCAUCGAGAGAUGGCGUCCAGAGACGCAUACCUUCCACAUGCCGUUUGGAGAGUGCACCAUCACCCUUCAGGACGUCGCAUACCAGCUGGGGUUGCCGGUGGACGGUCAUUACCUGUUUGCCGACAAGUCCGGCAAUCGUAUACACAUCAGAUGGCUACCCUUUGUUGCUAGACUCGAUGAGAUGGGUGGCUACAGUUGGGGGUCGGCGGCGCUCGCAUGGUUGUACCGAUGCAUGUGCAGAGUCGCUAACAGACAUGUUGUGAAGUUAGCUGGGCCGCUACAGUUACUGCAGUCUUGGAUCUUUUGGAGGUUUCCUUCCUUUAGGCCCUCCCGGUAUGAUGCGUUUAGCUGGCCCCUUGCCUCGAGGUGGUCUGGUUACAAUCCUGGGAUUAGCAACAAGGGGCCUAGGGUUCAGAUGGCUCGCCUGAAGCUCGACCUGUUACAGCCUCGGGAUUUCAUAUGGAUGCCCUAUAGCGCACUCGACGUCAUCCAGAUUGUCCAUCCGGAGGUAUUGGAGCCUCGGCAUACGAUGUUAUGGCGGUGUGUGACGUCCUUGAUAUAUUUUGCGGUUGUUGAGUGGCAUCAGGUUGAUAGAGUGCUACCGCAGUUUGGCGGCGUACAGCCCCCACCGCGUCCCGCCCUGAACAUAGACUUCUUGAUGUCGAAGGACGGGAGAGGAGGUGACUGUUGGUUCCCGGCGCAGCUAGCUGAUUGGCAUCUUCACUGGCAGGAGCGUGCGGAUCACAUUUUACAGUUCGACGUUGUGGCCGACCCCGGCCCCUCGCAUGAGUUCUUGACAUGGUGGCAUCAGCAUGGAAAGAGAUUCCUGUCGCCAGAGAUGUACUUGGGCGAUCCACGAGGUCUUCCUAUUCCGGGUGAGGCGACUCAGAGGGGUCCAGGCCGAGUUCCUGAGAUGGACCUAGUCCACGAUGUUCCUGACAGACGUCAUGUUGAGAGGCGAGCUCGAGUCGGCACACGUCGUAGCCAGCGAGAGCAUGCCUGGCUCGAUGAUGGCAUGGAUGAGGUUGAGGACGCAGGUAGGGGUCGAGGGAGACGACGUGGUGGUGGACGUAGGAGGAGGGGAGUUGAUGCUAGAGAUGAUAUCCACCACCCUGUGAGAGAUGCAGCUGGACGAGGUGAGGCUGUCGGGGUUGACAGGCCCCAGCAGGGGGGGCAUGAUGGUGAGUGGUAUGGAUCUGGUAUGGGAGAUCCGUCGACGCACACUGACGCUGGGCCUGGAUGUGGACCACUUGGAGAUUAUUUCGUUGGUGUCCCCGGUGAUGAUCAGGCACUUCAGGACAGUACUCCAUGGGUCAGUCCGAACUCUAUGUUUCCAGACUUCAUUGCUAGUGACGGUUUAGUGGCGGAGUUCGGUAGACCACAUUUCCUUGAGGAUAUCCGUACCAUCAUGCAGGAGGAUGAUGCUUCACGAGGGUGGCAUCAGACGACAGGGACACAGGCACCUUUAGAUGUAGAUCUGAACGAGCCUGCCACGGUGCCUCCUGUGCAGACUUUUGCCUUGGGUGGGACGCCGACAUCCGCACAUACUCUGGGGUCACACUCAGUUGCCGGCCCGUCGUCAUCCAGACCAGUACAUGUUCCCCCUAGGCCGCCUACAGCGGAUGUUUCGGAGGACGAUUCCGACUCGAUUGAGGAUGAGGAGCCACUGAUCCGGAGAGGUCAUAGGACACGGGUUCCGCGCCGUUGUUUCACUGGUUCACACCUAUUCCGAUGA